UGUCGUAUAGACAGCGCUCCUGACGACCACCGUGCAGAAAAAAACAGGACCAGUUCGCCAAUAAGACUGUGUUUCUCGUUCUUCCCUCUUGACGACCGAUCUGUUUCUCACAGGGCAUUGUCUUGUCUUUAUAAACGUUUACUUCCUUUCAAAUUUAAUGUACAACAAUACAGUCCACAGUUAAACUAAAUAGUGCAAAUACACGGUACAAAUGUAGAAAAAGUUUCAACUUGAAUUAUACAUAUAUUUGGAUUAACGGACCUCCUAUGUUUUUUUCUUGGACUUAACGUGCUAAUUUUGUUGGAUGUAUUCAUCGUUAACUAUUCGAUAAUUUAUGAUUACAAUUAAUUUAUUAGACAAAAACUUUUAUGUGGACAGCUAUAUGACUGUAGCAAUCGUCAUGGAUGACAUCGAACAUUCGUCGCCUUUUAUGUUCCUAAACUCAGACGAUAAAACAUUUACUGAGUUCGACAAAAUGAAUGACGGGUGUUUAGCUUCUCUUGAGUCAGACAGGUUCCAGAACAGUCGAAAUCGUCCUGUCACUUUUGAGAACGCCGCUCGUGAGCGUUCUCGCGUGAAGACGCUGAGAGGAGCUUUCCUGGAGCUACAACGCACCCUUCCAGCUGUACCACCGGACACGAAGCUGUCCAAGCUGGACGUUCUCGUCCUAGCUACCACUUAUAUCGCCCAUCUGAUGCGGACGCUGAGUGAAGAUGAAGACGAGAACCACGUAUUUGCUGCCAAUGGAAUCAUGCACCCAGUAAAGAAAUGGCCGAUGAGGUCGCGGCUCUAUGCUGGUAUAUUGUCGAGUACUUUUCCUGUCCAAAGCAAGAGAAGGACAACCGACAACUGUAGCUCACUAACAAUGUCACGGAGAGGUCGGACAAGGUCAAGGGAUGAGGAUUAUAUCAACCAUACAUCAUAACAAUGAUAUCUAUGAAAUCGAUUUCAAUGACGUAAUAAGAAAUGUUGAUUAGUAUUGAGUGUAUAUACAGUCCGCGUAGUGCUACAGAAAUAUGUAGAUCUAUAUUGUGAUUUUGUAUGUUUCUUGUUAUUUUCAUUUUUUCUGGGUCGUCAUUAUCUUAAGACAAAUGACAAGAAUAGCCAUAGCCUGUUAAGUACAAUAAAGGGGUCCUUACAACAUUGGUGAACAAUGGAAUAUGUCUGUCAUGACAUCAAAAUUCAAUAUUUAAAAGAC